UGACUGUCGACUACCCAACGCCCUCGGUUGCAUGGGGACUCUCUGUCCAUUUCAUUUGGGGACAAUGACCCCAGAAUUGCCCUCAAUUCCCCUUGAUAUACUGAUGACUUUCCAGUGAGCUCGUCUCUUCCAUCUGCGCUCCCGCCCCCCUCCGCUUCCUCUCGCGCGAUAGACAGACCCCAUUUCCCCACGCAUGUUUACUGGUGAUAUUCGAUUAGCAGUUCGCACCAGUUCGCCAGGCGGUGCGACCUCCUCUUGGUAGCCGGGCAUGUCUAUGCUUCAACCGGCCACCUCAGCCGCGACAGCCUCGAUAUCCGCUGCCCAGUCCCUUAAUACGACCCCAUCAAUCGCUGCUCAUUCCUCCUUGUCCUCCUCAUCUCGCGAACUACUGUCUCUUCCAUUUCGCGGACUUCACCAGGCAGAAGCCUUUACAUUCUCGACCUUGCCGAGACAAGUUGCCAAGCUAGUUGGGCUGCAGGAUAUGGCGACACGAUUCUGGGGUACAUCUUCUGGUACGGGGCUGGAGACUGAUGCAGUGGUACUGGCAACGCAGACAGCAGCCGAAGCUGCAAGAGAUGGCGUGGUGGAUGCUGCUUCCCAGGCCGAAUCAAGUUUUCAUUUCUCGGACAUCUUGCAGGCCGUCAUGAAAUUCAGUGGCUUCUUUUCCUACUUGACGAGUCGGUGGUCAUUGGCCUGCUUUACUGUGGCGCUUGUUUUGAACAGGAUUACGAUCUACGCUUCUACCCGUCGACAGCUUAACCUGAAUUGGACCAGGCGAUUGGCUCUACGCAUUGUUCCUAUAUUCCUGUUCCUUUCACAGAUCUAUAUCCUUCUUCGUGCUAUCCGAUGUCAAACGUCUCCCGAUUACUCUAUCAUCCGCUACGGUACACCAGGGAAGCGCUUAUUGUUUGAUUACUCUGGGGGCGGAGGCUUCCUGUAUUCUCUGGGCUCCACGUUUUUGCCGUGGGAAACAGACGAGCAGUCAUGUAGUGCAGUUCAUAUGGGCCUUCCUACUAAUGCCUCGGAUAUCUCAUACGGUUCUUUCCGGCUGCUAUGGCCGGUAUUCAUACGGCUGUGCAUCAGUCACUUUGUGGAGACUCUGUCUUGCGCUCUACAGGGAAGGGCGGUUGUCACAGAAGCCGGCAUGUCGAUUUUCGAACACUCGCUUGCAUUUGCCGAAGCGGAGUCUACAAUCAGCCAAUCCCUCGGUCUUGGUAUCUUUGGACUUUCCAAGCAAGGCAAUGGAAACGAUAUCCCUGGAGAGAGUGGACAAUCUGCUCUUCAUCUACUAAGCAGAGGACAAGCCGUAGAACGAAUGAACGUGACCCCCGAAUUGCUGCUUAUUGCACUGAUAUCGUGUUGCAACAGUCUGACUUCCAACGCACUCGAUGUCAUUGGCAAACAAAGCCGCUACCGCUUGGUAAACACCGCUUUUUGGGGCCUCUGCUUCAUGUCAGCUAUGGCAUGGGGCUUGUUUAGCGGCUCCUCGAUUGGAAGCGACAGUGUCGUUCUUAAGUUCCCGACAGUCUGCAUUGUAGGGUUUGUCCCACAUCUCUUGAUACUAUCAGGCAUCGUCGCUUGUGCCGUUAUCUAUGGACUUGCCCUGGUUGUUACGGCGUUCUCUCUCCCAACGCAGAGUCCUGGGCCCUUAACGCUCCGCGAAAGGUUCUCCCUCGCCCAUGAGAAUAUGCAGGGUGCCAACCAAAUCCAGAGCAUUCGCCUCAAUUGGCAUGAUGAUUUUUACACCACAUUACUCAGAAUCGGAUACACUGCUUUGACGGCCGCCAGCGAGGCGGUCUUUCUUAAUGAAGGUAGACGGGUUGUCGCACGCAGAAUGACAUGGUUGGAACGUGAUAGACUGGUGGAAAUAGAGUCUCUCAGGCGCAAGCAAUCAUCGCGGCAACAUCGCAGCGAUUUCUCCGAAGAUAUGCUCUCUGAAAGUGGUGACUUGAUGAACUUUGAUAUUCCUGAAUCCUCAAUGGAAUGGGAGAGCGGGUACUCUCGCGAGAGGAAAAUCGAAAAACCCAAGAAUGGUUCGACAUCGGUUCGUCCCCAGACUGACCCAGGUGGUGUGGGUGCGUUCAGGGGUGUGGUUCGAUGCUACCAUGGGUUUGCGUUCUUCCGUGGCAUCUUUUACCUCGUGCUGAAGUGGAUUGCUUAUGGUCUCGACAGGGUCCUAUACCGGAUCGGUAUCAACGCUCGCCCACAGUGGUUGAAGACUGCCAUAGGAUCUCACCGAAAGGAAUCCCAGAGGAAAAGAAAAGGCGGCGGCUUGGAAUCAUUGGACUUUUGGAUUUUGUCGGAUGAUGGGGUCUUGCAACUCCCGGAGAACCAUGAGUUUGACGUAGAAAAAGAAAUGAGAAAGAGAGAGAAGAUCCAGGCUGCAGCUUGGGAGGAAUCUGAUGAACGUCGGCUGGACGACAAGCUCUACGGUUGGUGGAAAGCGGGAGGCUCAUGGGGCAAUCAAGACCAGAGCUCUGAUUAUGCACCGUCUGCUUACGACUGGGAAGACACUACCAGUGUCAUAUCCAUGUCGACGACGAGCGACUCCGAAUGGGAGGGAUACGAAUCAGACGGUCGUCGGACUCCCACUCAAAAAGAUCCUUUUCCCGGUCGUUUCUCCCGAGAGGGCACUCCGGUACAAGAAUCACUAGUAGAUGUUGGCUCUUUGACACGUCUCUUGGAUCCGCGUGACCAGGAAAGCAGACAUGAAGCGCGCAUUUUAGCUGCACACCUCGCUGCUGGCCGUGAUGGUCGAAUAUUGACUCGUCGUCAGUUCCAGAAGCAAGUCGAACGCGAGCGAGCACAAAUCCUGCUCACCUCGCGGUUAGCACAGCCUAACAAGAAGCACUCCCAUGAAGACAAGCGCCGACCUACAGCAGAAGAUGAAUCAGAGAUCCUUGAGAAGCUCAUCCUCUCACGGAGAUCCGAGAUGCUAUCCCCUUCGACGGCGGACGCACAAACAUGGGAAUCCGGCGCUUCUGGCCUCGGACCCAGUGGCCCGCCUUGUGUUAUCUGCCAGACCAACCCACGGUCCAUCAUCACAUGGCCAUGUCGAUGUCUCUGUAUCUGCGAAGACUGCCGUGUUAGUCUAGCCAUGAAUAAUUUCGGAAGCUGUGUGACAUGUCGUCAGGAAGUCGGAGGUUACGUCCGGUUAUGGGUCCCAUAGAUCUGUCUCGAUUUGUCCCUGUGACUCUCUCCGUUUGUGUUAUUUUCAAAUUCUCUUAUCAUUGGAUUGUUGGGGUCUUUAAUUAGCAUGCAUAAUUAGCGUGAUCUGAAUGCACAGGAUUAGAUAUUGAUUAUUUGUGCUUUUGUUCUAGGGUAUGUGCCUAUGCAGCAUGCAGGUUUGAAAUGUCUAUACGUG